AUGGUGAUUUUAAUAUUCAACAAAUUCGAAACUCAAUUUGGUCAGUAUCGUGAUCCAUUUUUUGAUUAUGUUGGCUUUUUAAGUGGUUCCGAUUUUCAACCACGUAUUGUUGAUAAAGAAGAAAUUAAAGUUUCAGUAAAAAAUAAUGAACUAAUUGUACAAGAUGAACAUAAAUAUAAAGAUGAGAAUCGUUCCGAACGAUCAUAUUUUUUUAAAUCAACAACAUUACCACCUGGUACACAAGUUGAUCAAUUAAAAUCACAGUUAAUCGAUGAUGGACAAUUAAAAAUUGAAGCACCAUAUAUUGAACAAAAACAAACUGCAAAAUCAAUUGAAAGCCAUAAGAAAUAA